AAACAAUAUCAAAAGAGAUACUACUUGUUUACUUAUAGUUAAUUAACCAAACUAUUUAUGAAGUUACCCUCUUAUGGAUAUCUUACCUCAUCCUCCUACUCUCUUUCCUUGUUCGUUCCUCUUAAAUUUCAAAUACGUUAUCCAAACAAUCUCUAAAUAAAAACGCAAAUUAAAAAAACACCCAAGAAAAUCAAAAGGGAAACUUUCUACUACUCCGCAUGAAAUUAUAUCCAUCAAGCCAACAAAUUUUAGUCUUCGGCCAGACUUGCCAAGAGAACAACAGCAAGAAACACUCAGAUGUACUUCCCCACUCAAAAUCUUAGCUUCUUCUUCAAACCCUAAAAAUCUGAAAUGUCGGGCUCACACCCUCUUUCCUUUCUCCCAUCCUCACCAACUAACUUUUAAAAUACCCAAAUUUCUAAAAUAAUCCUUAAACUUACCACCAAUCUCUGAAAGUCUGUACUUGCAUUUGGUCAUAAAAAAAAUGGUGUUUUUCUGGUAAUCUGUAACUUUCUUUAACCUGGGAUUUUGUCAAUUGGGUGUUUUGAUUGCUUUCUGAAGUGGAAAAUGUGAGUUGUUUAGUUCUUAGAUCUGGGUUUUCUUUAUUGUGUUAAAUUAUGUUGAAGAAUUGAAGAAAUGGGGGGUUUUCGUUGAUCAUUAAUUUUGAUGAUUAGAAUUGAAUUUUGGAGUGUUUUUCUUCCAAUUUGCAGCAAUUAAAAGUUGAGAACUUGUUUAGUUACUGCUAAUUAGCUUUUCCCACAAUGCUGUGAUCUUUCUAUGGCUGAUUUUUCUCAUUGUGGAUCGAUUCGUCGAAAUUAGGGUUUUGUGAGUGUAAAGAUAUUUGGGUGAUGUUGUUGUUGUAUAAGGUUUGACUUAUGGUGUAGGAAAUGUGGAAGUAAUAUGUAAAUCAAAAGGGGUGACAGCCUGACAUGAAGUAAAGUAUAUAUAGUAUACUAUAUAUAGUAAGAUUGUAACAAUGUCGUUUAGGAGCAUCUUACAAGACAUGAAAGAUGUAAAGUAUAGCUUUAGAUCAAGAUCCCAUAGAGUGGUCCAAGAUAAUUUGGUGGUUGUUGAUGCUUUGAAGCAGAGUUGUUGGGCUAACAUGCGGCCCGAGCUCUUGAGAGAAGUGCUUAUAAGAAUUGAGACUUCUGAGAGCACCUGGCCUCCCAGGAGGAAUGUCGUUGCGUGUGCCGGUGUGUGCAGGAGUUGGAGGGAUACUAUGAAAGACAUUGUCAAAACACCUGAGAUUUCGGGCAAGUUGACAUUCCCCAUUUCUGUGAAGCAGCCUGGAUCAAGAGACACUAUUAUUCAGUGUUACAUAAAGAGACACCGGGGCAACCAGACAUAUUAUUUAUUCGUGAGCUCAAGCUCAGCUUCGUAUGAUGAUGGCAAGUUUGUUCUUGCUGCAAAGAAGUGUAGACGCCCAACUUGCACAGACUACAUCAUUUCCCUGAAUCCCGAAUAUGUCUCCAAGGGGAGUAGCGCCUAUAUUGGGAAAUUGAGAUCCAAUUUCCUUGGCACAAAGUUUACAAUCUAUGAUGCACAACCUUCAGAUGCUGGAGCAAGAAUCGUAAGAAGUCGCUCCACGAGACUAGUGGAAUCCAAACAGGUUUCCCCCAGGGCUCCUGCAGGCAACUAUCCUGUUGCGCACAUCUCGUAUGAGUUGAAUGUCUUGGGUCAUAGGGGCCCGAGGAAGAUGCAUUGUAUCAUGGAUAAUAUACCUGUUUCUGCUAUUAAACCUGGAGGACUGGCUCCCACGCAGACUGAAUUUCUGACAAGCAAUGUGGAUUCUUUUCCUUCGAUCCCUUUUUUUAGGUCAAAAUCGAUUAGGGUGGGCAAUUGCCAGUCUGAGGUUGUUCCCAAUCAACAAGAGGGAAGGUUAAAUCUGCGGAACAAGGCUCCUCGAUGGCAUGAACAACUUCAAUGCUGGUGUCUUAACUUCAAUGGUCGUGUAACAGUUGCUUCUGUUAAGAACUUUCAACUGGUUGCUUCCCUAGAGGAUGGAUCUGAGCAUGAAAGUGUCAUUCUUCAAUUUGGAAAAGUCGGAAAGGAUGUAUUCACCAUGGAUUAUCACUACCCAAUUUCCGCUUUCCAGGCGUUUGCCAUCUGUUUGAGCAGCUUUGACACCAAAAUUGCCUGUGAAUGAUAUUGCACUUGAGGUAAUUUAACAUUUAUGUGGAAUGGUGACGCUGUUGGGCACUUAUCGACAUGUUGAUGGGUUGGUGAGGAAGAUUCUGACUUGGUGAUUUUGGUACCGUGUGAUUAAGUUCAUUUACUGCCUUGACUCUAAUUUUCGCACCGCACCAUGUACAUAUAAUUGAAGUUAGUUGUGUUAUAGGGCAGGCUGUAUGUAGCUUGCUUGACUGUAUCUGUAUGUUGGCGAUUCCCUUUUUUUUUUUGCUUUCCGGGGUGAGAAUGUGUUGCUGAAAUCCAACAGCCGGAUUUGUCAACAUUAAUUUUCUUGCUUUUUGAUGCUGUUAUGUUAGAUUGGCCAGGUUUGUUGUACGAAUUUAUCAAAUUUUCUUGUUAUAUAUGGAUCGAUUGAUCGUGUGAUCAAGGUUUUUCUAA